ACUUAACCAUAGACAAGGCGUCAAAGUUAUCAUAUGAUCACUUUUCACAUGACCCAUGGUCAGUCGUCAUCGCCCUAACAUCGUCUUUUUAUGACAAAUUUGGGCUAAAAUACUAACUUUUAGUCCGUUUAACGUCCAAUACAAUAAGCCUUAAAUAUGGCGUUUUGCCGUGUGGUGUUCCCGUUAUUAGUUCUAAGUGUAAUUAGCUGUUAUGCAUCGAUUGUCCCAGUGUACCUAUGGACGGACUCUAUCAAGUCUCCAGUAAGAUCAGACCCGUUUACGCCUUUUUCCACGGACGAAUUCGCGGAGACCCUCAAGCAGAUACUAGUUGAAGACCCCCUAACCCUCGUAUUCAUCGAAGAAAACUUGUCUGUCGAAGAUUUUUCACUGAAAAAUGCCAAUGGUGAGACUUCUUUCCCGUACCUGCACGAUAAUAUUGAGGAAGCUAUUUACUUACCGACUGUUAAAGAUGCCUUAGAGGUGCUGAACAGGACGUCGUCUCCUUACAACUCUGAGAACAUCAUAUUAGGUGAAGAGGCUGAGCUGCUGUUGACUCCUGGCAAGAAUAACGCUGGUCGUUUCGUCUUCAUUCACUUGAAAGACGCGCGCGAGGGUGAAUCGAGGGCUGACCUUCUACGCCGCCAUGAUGCGUUCAUGCAGAAGGCUGUGGAGGAUAUGGCUGGAGACGUUCCCAUAGUUGGUAUCUACACCGCUAACUACCCGUCAUGGACCAUCCCGUCUUCCAAAUCCAGGGUCCGUCGUGCCAUCGAAGCUGGUAAUACCCGCAUGUACACUGUGGACGGUCUCCGUUUGGUCGCGAAGAGCAUCCACUUGUCCAGCGGUAAUGAUUCAAGGACCUUGGGAGAUGUGACCGCCCAGAGCUCUGUAUUGAAUGAUACGUAUGUGAACGCUACGCUCACUUUCGACAAUACUACCCUCGUGCUGAACUUCAACUCCAAGGCUGGUUACUGGUUCUUUGACACUGUAGUCCUGACCAUCGGCGAUCUGACUGACACUCUAUACCCUGACGAGGAGCUGUUCGCUAUCCUUGGCUUCUGCUACCGCUGUGCCCAACACGUCACCUUCUCCACCAGGAAUGAGACCAAGACUUACACUGUCAGCUUCGAAGAUCUGAAGGUUCAACCCUUCUUCGAGACCAACACAACCCAGGAGUUCGGAGACGCUUUCAACUGCGUGGGCUUCUUUUCAGCCCCCAUCUGGGCAGGUCUGUUCGUGGUCUUCAUACUCCUCGCUAUAACCUUCUACGGCAUCAUGAUGAUGCUGGACAUCAGAACCAUGGACCGCUUCGAUGAUCCCAAGGGAAAAACUAUUACUAUCAACGCUGAGUAAUUUUUUUUUGUUAAAUUUGAACUGCGGUGUUCUAGUAUCGGCUAAAAUCUGUAUUUAAAAAAUCAUAUUUUUUUGUUUUUAUUUUUUUGAAUGAAUCGUUUUUCUGUUUUUUUUUGGAUGUAUUUUUUUCUGUUUUUGAUACUUAAUUGCAUUUUUUUUUGUCAAUUUAGUCGAUUUUUCUCACUAAAUAGUAAGUUUACUGCCAAAACUGGAACACCGUGUUUAAAUUAAAAACAGACGUUUGAAAACGUCGCAACUGGUGCCGUAGAAAAGUUAUAGUUCGUCUUCUGAGCUCAAAUCGAUUCCAAAACUAUUUAUUAUUAUUAAUAGUACUUAGGGUCUCACCACAUUUGUCGACGCGGACUCGGCUAACUACGAAAACGCCUUUAUGUCUACGUAAUAAGAGUAUUACUAAUACCAUUCGCAUUGACUCUGCUUGAUUAAAUGUGGGUAGACCUUUAGUCGAUUAAACUAAGAAAAUGUUUUCGAUGUAUUUAAUACGAUUAGAACAACGGUGCCUCUACGCAUAGACAAUAGACAAAAGACUUACACGAUCAAUUCUAAAAAUUAGUCGACUAUUUUCAAAUCGACUAAAGCAUUCGACACUAAAUUUAAACUCGACUAAUUUUUAUUCGAUGUUGAAAACGCUACUAUAUACUCUUACCUCGUAUUUGCUUAUAUAAACAAAAUUGCUUAUGUAUACUAUAUUAUAAAAUAUGUAGAUAAAUAGUUUUAAGAUUGAGUACCGAUUAUGUGCCUACGAUACAAAGAAACUAAUAAAAAGUGGGUGAUGAUGAAUAUAUUUAUAAAUAAAUAAAUAGAUAAAACUUACUAAAAUAAUAUAUAUUGAGUUUUAUUAUAUUCCAAAAAUAAACUCUAUGGCCACACGGCAAAAAGGCCUUAUUACUAACUUAAAAAAAAAAACUCAAUAUGUAUUUUUUGUCUAUACAUAGCCUAAAUAGGAACCAUGGCCUUAAACUUUUAAAUGCAAUACAACUUCCAAUUUAAAAAAAAAAACAACGAUUUAAAAAUUCUGAUGUAUUAAACGCAUACAGCCUUACUUAUAAAAUAAUAAGUUAUACUUAAGAGAUGUUUAAGAAAAAAUCUUACUUAUAAACGUGGCUGAAAUAAAUCAUUUUCUUAGCAAUGUCUUAAAUGAGCUGUCAAAUUAAGUAGCCUCACACCCUUGUUUAACCCGCUAAUUAUCAAAAUGGCUGGAUUCUUACCAGCUGAUUUUUCAUUUCCGGUUUAUUGACAGCUCAACUUUUUAAUUUUAUAUUUUACGGAUGCCAUUGUUGCCAUUACACAACGUUUUGAUGACAAAUAUUUUUUUAAGCUACCAACAUUCCGGUAGUGUUGAGAAAUUAGUAUGUUUUUAUGUCAUUAUCUGUUCAUUACUUAAGACAUGCUUAAGCAACGUUUAUAGGUCAAAAUAAUUUAAUCACUACUUAAGGCUUUAAGUAGUAAUUACUUAAAACAAUGCUUAGAAGAUGAUUUGUUGAUUUUUAUAAGUAAGGCUGAUAGUAUUUAGUAUUUAAAAAUACUUAUCCUUGCGAAAGUCGAGUUCAUUAAUUGGAUCAAAUCCAUGGAGUACAAAAUGACUAGCGAAGAUGUCAUAACGGAAAAUCUCCUAAGAAAGUAGCGCGACAACAUGCGGGUGUUUGGGGGCCCAGGAACGCUACUAACGUCAUACGCCGUAAAACCCGCCCAUUUUCAAAACACAAAAAUGUUCGACAGAUUUGUCAAGGAACCCGAACGCCUCGUUAGUUCACUUGUAACUGAUCGUUUGGUCAUGACCACAGUAUUUGACCUAGAUGAACUACUAGUCUUAUGGCAUCUCCGUUUUGUCCUACCUCCGUGUGUAAAAGCGAUUCCCAAUUUCCUAUGUCUAUGUCAUUUCGCUUACAAGAGAUAGAAUCUUGACAAAUUCCUAUCUAUUGUAAGCAACUGAACAGAUGGUUUGAAUAUUGGGACUGGAUAUAAUAGGUAUAUAGUAAAAAUGAGUGUUUGGUAUUGGAAGUAAAAAGGAUCCCUCCAUAUAGUGCCAAGUGUGUGACGGUCCAUUCCAAGUUGGUAAAUAUAUAGAAAGUUAUAAAUAAAUUAUAUAAACAAAGUAUUUGUAAGUGUUGCAAACCUCUUUUUAAGUCAAUUUUCAAGUAUUUCAAUUUUGUGAUUGUAUGUUUUUAGUAAUUUGAGCGCAAUAUUACUAGAUAUGUUAGUUUGCAGAUUUUUGAUCCAUGGUUUUCUUAGCUCUAAGAGUAAUUACACAUUUUUUCUUUAAUUUCAUUUGUAAAUAGUUUUGUUUUCGGAAUUAUUUUAUUGUUGUUUGAAGUAUUAAAUCGUGAGACCUUU